CUUGGUUACGUUGUAGUGAACCCACCCGCAUGACACUACAGUACGCAUGUGCGUCUACUGUGCCUUUCCUCGAAGUUGUCGCUGGAGAAUGAGAGUAGAAACGCGGCUACAUGUUGUUGGUUAGAUUAGUUUGAAGUAUAUGAAAUACGCAUUUGUCUCAUCUAAUUUUCAUGGAAGAUACUGACGAGCCCAUGACAGGGAUGUUGGACACAGACAGCUCUGAGAGUGGGGACUCCCCAGCCAUGGAGGGCAACGGAGAUGGCUUCCUCCCAGACCUGCCUGUCCUCGCGCACCCUGCUGAAUGGACCAUGGACCAGGUUCCCCCUGACAACCUCACCACAGUUAUCCACGACACUGACUCAGAGUCAGAUCAGUCAUCACCGGAGGUAAUCAAGCAGCACCAGGACCAGCAGUCUGAUCUGGGAUCAGUUGAACAAGCAGUGCAGCACUUCCAGCUAGCGAGUGCCAAGCUCUUCCAAGAGGAGGAUUCAGAUGAUCAGUUUUGUUCUCCCCAGGUAGAACAACAGAACCAAAUGGAAGCUUUGUCAGAAGAAGAAAGCAAGGAAGGACAGAACAACCAAGAGGAUGCCACAGAGUCUCUAAUGCAGGGUGAGAAGAUGUCAGAGGCUGUAGAACAGCAACAAGAUCCAGCCCAAGCCCAGCCACCAAUGGUUGCGGAAGAUGGAAGCCCAGCUAACAUGGAGCUGGAAGAAUCCAAAGAGAUGACAGAGCAGGGGGAACCUGUUGAGGUACCAGCUGAGGAACCAGCUGUCCCCACAGAGCCCCUCAUCCCUGCUGAAUACGAGAAGCUGGCUAAAGGGUGUGAGGAGAACCCUGAAGACUUCAAUGGUUGGGUCUACCUGCUGCAGUAUGUGGAGCAAGAGAAUCAUCUCGGUGUUGUGAGAAAGGCGUUUGAUGCGUUUUUCCUGCACUACCCCUACUGCUACGGCUACUGGAAGAAGUUUGCUGAUACUGAGAAGAAGCAUGGCAAUGUGCAGGUGGCAGAGGAGGUGUACCGGCGAGGUGUGCAGGCCAUCCCCCUCAGUGUGGAUCUGUGGCUUCACUACAUGUCCUUCAUCAAGGACAACGCUGACCAUGAAGACCCAGAGACACCAGGACGCAUUAGAGCUGCGUAUGAGCAUGCUGUGUUGGCAGCAGGGACAGACUUCCGCUCUGACCGUCUAUGGGAGGCCUACAUCAACUGGGAGAUGGAGCAGGAGAAACUGGCUAAUGUCACGGCCAUCUACGACCGCAUCCUGGGCAUCCCCACCCAGCUCUACUCACAGCACCUCCAGAGGUUCAAAGAGCAUGUGCAGAACAACAACCCCAAACACUUCCUGUCAGAGGAGGAGUUUGUCCAACUGAGGGUGGAGCUAGCCAAAGCCAACGUAGCAGCUGCAGCCAAUGGGGAAGGAGAGGACACAACACCUGCCGACGAGCUCCCGCCAGGCACCGAAGACCUCCCAGAUCCUGCAAAGAGAGUGACGGAGAUUGAGAACAUGCGACACAAGGUGAUCGAGUCACGCCAGGAGGUGUUCAACCAAAACGAGCAGGAGGUCAGCAAACGCUGGGCCUUCGAGGAAGGGAUAAAACGCCCCUACUUCCAUGUCAAAGCCCUGGAGAAGACCCAGCUCAGCAAUUGGAAGGAGUACCUGGACUAUGAGAUCGAAAACGGCACUCCCGAACGUGUGGUCGUUCUGUUCGAACGCUGCCUCAUCGCCUGUGCUCUUUACGAGGACUUCUGGACAAAGUAUGCAAAAUAUAUAGAAGGCUACAGCAUUGAUGGAGUAAGACAUGUGUACAAGAAGGCGUGUACCAUCCACCUGACCAAGAAGCCCAACAUUCACCUGCUGUGGGCUGCGUUCGAGGAGCAACAGGGGAACAUAGCGGAGGCGCGCCGUAUCCUGAAGGCUCUGGAGGCUACGGUACCAGCCCUAGCUAUGGUGCGUCUGCGGCGGGUCAGCCUGGAGCGGCGCCACGGCAACCUGGAGGAGGCGGAGGCCCUGCUGAGGGAGGCGAUUGCGGCGGGGAAGAACACCAGUGAGACGUCGUUCUACGCCGUGAAGCUGGCCCGGCAGCUGCUGAAGGUGCAGAGAAGCCUCGCCAAGGCCCGCAAGGUGCUGCUGGACGCCAUAGAAAAGGACCAGGCCAGUGCUAAACUGUAUCUGAACCUGCUGGAAUUGGAGUACAGUGGGGAUGUGCAGCAGAACGAAGCGGACAUCUUGGCCUGCUUCGACCGUGCACUGAGCAGCCCGCUGCCCCUCGACUCCCGUCUCACCUUCUCUCAGCGCAAGGUUGAGUUCCUCCAGGACUUUGGCAGCGACAUCAACAAGUUAGUGACUGCGUACGAUGAACACCAGAAGCUUCUGAAAGAAAACGAGUCGGCAAAGAGGAAAGCGGAGAAUGGCUCACAGGAAACCGAAUCGAAGAGACAGCGUACAGACGAGCACUCAGGCUCAGGGCACAUGAUGCAGGGAGAUGUGCAGGGUAACAACUCUGCCUACAACUACAACUGGUACCAGCAACAGUACAACAACUGGGGACAGAACUCCUGGGGACAGUACAACCAGUAUUCCCAGCAGUAUAACCAGUACUACCCCCCUCCACCCACAUAAGGUCUUGCAGACCGAAAGGGAGAUGAGAGGAAGCAUCUUUCUACCCAGCCCAAUUGCUCAUCUCAGCUAGCCCCGCCUCCUGUGUGACGUAAUUUGUUUCAAUUGGCCAUUAGAUUGGCACAUUUACUGUCAUCACCAUUGUCAUUCAUUCAUUGGCCGGCUGCUUUUUGUGUUGCUUGCACAUGUGUUGAUGCGGACUUCAUUUUCUCAGUUGAAAAAAGCAACGAUGUUUUCAAUUUUUUGAUUGACUGCAUAAUUUGGUUCCUCUUCGAUAUCUCAGUGGGGGGAAUCUAGUUAUGUUUGAUACAGAUUAUAUAUUUGUAUGGAGGUAGUGGUACCAGCUAUGCUCCUCCCUGAGCCUCUUCUCUGCUUUCCUAAAAUGUGAGAUUUUUAAGAUGAAGGUUUUUGUUUCCUGGGACAAAAACAGAAAUGAAUGGAAAUGUUUGUUUAUUUCAUAAUAAAGAGAUGAAUAUCAUA